GCCGAUAUAGAAAGCGUCACAAUCCCAGCAGCUGGCUUUGUAUACGACUUUAGAUUUUUGCGAGCGAUUUAAACGAUCUUUGUAAGGAAAAAAAGAACUUAACUCGGCACGUGUUCUGAAGAAUCAACCUAAGAUUGACGAAACCAAAAAAUUUAUUAACACAAGAUUUAGGACGGCGUUUAAAAACUUCGCUUCGGAAACCUAAAUAAGGAAACACAAGGAUUACAUCUCUCUUGGGAACCGUGGUAACAGUUUCGGAAGGUCUGUUCCUAUGCUUGUUUAAGACAUCAUUCAUACUUAAGGAAAUUGUGCCUUUCGGGUAACCAUUUAGAAGCAGUGUUUUCUUUAAAUGUGUUAUGUUUGUUGCUGCUGUUUGCAUCUUAUUUCGGCAAAAUUAUAUGCCUAAACUGUGGCAUGUUGCGUGACAUGCCCUUAUUUGUCAAACCCGUAUUCAGAGAUUCCCGGAUGGCCGAAAAGUGUGAUCUUCCCGCCAUGAAAAGAUGGUCUCUCCUUUCUUGUGUCUGUUAAGUGCUCUCUGGCAUAUUGAUAGAUACACAAUGUCCUUAAUUUAAACCGUACCCUUUAACAACAAGUACUGCGUCAUUAUCCGGUAUAAAAAUGGGGAACACGCUACGUUUGACCUGUAAUGCCCCUGGCAAACAUGUGCGUAAGCAAUGUCCCUCAAACCAUUCCUCACGUGAUCUAAAGUAAAGCACUCGAAAAGAUUUCAGGCAGAAUCGCAUCGUUUUGUGACGUAUGACAAGACUGUUUCAUUCGAAACGCCGGCCCUGAAAGCUCGAAGGCAAAAUGGUAUCUCGCAAACACGAUGAUGAACUCUCUCUAAUCCCCGAUGAACACGCAGAUGCAAAGAACGCUAUCUCAAAAUAUCGUUUGAGGGAACCAGCAUCAAGAAGAAAAAGAUAUCUUGUUGUUCUUUGUAUUUUAUUUGUGGAGCUUUGUGAGCGCCUCACAUUCUAUGGCGUGACAGUGAAUUUGGUGUUUUAUUGUAAAGAUGUCCUCAAGCUUGCCUCGCCGUUACCCAGUACGAUCACUUUGGCAUUUCAAGGAACAUGUUUCUUCACUCCUAUAAUCGGUGGUUGGCUGGCUGACACAUUGAUUGGACGAUACAACACCAUAUAUGGAUCCUCGUUGCUUUACGUCGCUGGCACCGCACUCCUUACAGCCACUACCUAUAACUACCCACCCGCCCACGCUCUGAGUAUUUCAAGUAAAGAAGGAUUCCUUGCUGUUUCACUCAUCCUUAUUGCCUUGGCAACAGGUGGAAUCAAGGCAAACGUGUCUCCAAUGGGAGCAGACCAACUACAGGAUGAAGGAGAAGAGAUGGUGCGAAAAUUCUUUGACUGGUUUUACUGGUUUAUUCAGGUUGGGUCGCUGUUUGCCUAUACCGUUGUGGCGUACGUCCAACAAGAGGUCUCGUUUUUCUAUGGUUUCCUAAUAACCUCAGUCUCUAUAGCUUGUGCAACAAUUCUUCUACUGAUCGGAAGAAAGCACUACAUUUUACACCCACCACAAGGAAGUUACCUGGCAGAUACCCUCCGCAUCAUUGGUGGAGGGCUGAGGGACAAAUUCUGCUGUAAGAAGAAUCCAUCCUCGACCCACUGGCUGGAUGGAGGUAAAGAUUCUCUUGGAGGAAAGUACUCUCAUGAAAUGGUAGAGGGUGUUAAGUCAGUAGUUCGGUUGCUUCCAAUAUUCCUAACCUUUAUAUUCUAUUGGACAAUAUUUGGUCAGGGUCUCACCACCUACCUCAUGCAAGGUUCUUACAUGAAUUUAAAAAUCACAGAGAAACUCUCAUUUCCUGCAGCGUCACUCUCCUUGUUCGAAAUAGUGUCCUUGUUGAUUCUCAUUCCUCUCAUUGACCGAGUUGUGUACCCAGGCCUUCUUCGUAUUGGCUUCAACUUCACCCCAUUGCGCAGAAUCGGUGUCGGAAUGCUCUUCGCCGCUGGCUCGGUGGUUGUCGCAGGAAUUAUUGAAGUUGAACGAAAACAUGGCCACGGCAGAUUCGAACAAGAUGUCUUCAAUAAAACAGUAAACGCAUCCACCAUGAGUGUGUUUUAUCAAGUGCCUCAGUACGUUCUGCAAGGAACAAGUGAAGCGUUGGUAUCUGUGACAGGUCUUGAGUUUGCCUAUUCCCAGUCCCCCUCCGACCUGCGUGGCGUAGUGAUGGGUCUGUGCCUGGCUAUGAUUGGCUUAGGAUAUUACGUGGCAGGUCUGUUGGCUUCCAUUGUCAAGAAAGCUUCAGAUAGCAAGUGGUAUCCUGACGACCUCAACGAUGGCACGCUUGAGGAUUACAUGUUCCUCUUAGCUGGUCUUAUGCUGAUCAACGCGGCUGUGUUUCUUUUCUUAGCAGUUAGAUAUCGAUAUGUUGACCAUGCGCAUCAAAACACCCCAGAAACUGAAAACCAUGACGACCGCGAAAGAAGUCGCAACAGAGGAGAACCAGACUCAUAAUAACUAGUCUAAUAAUUAGUGCGUAAAAGGAUUUUUUAAGAUAUCCGGAACUGAAUCAAAUCCACCUUGAUUAUUAUCCUGGUUAUCAAGAGAAACCAAAUUUUAGUCGAUAGAGCGCUUUUCACUUGAUUGACGUAAGUACUUCGCUUUUGUAUUGUUUUCACUUUACUACGCUUUGUGAUUGGUUUAAAAUUCUCGCGCCACUUUCUCACCCAAUCAGAAGUAAAACCAAACCAAUCGCCUCACUCGCCUCGUACACGUUUUCCCGCGCUUUGUGUCGGCCUCGUGUAUUUGGUUCAAGUUUUCAUUGGUUCUCUGGAUUGUCUGUGUUAUUUGUGAUUGGCCAGAGGGAUUUUUUUUUUCCAACACUCAAUUGA